AUGUAUAUUUUUACUUUAGGAGUUGACAUUGUAGCUUAAGGGAAACCUUUAACUUUCUUCUUGAACGAUAUAGAUUAUUUAAGAUUAGAUAAUUUUACAGCAAGUAUUUGGAUCAGACUUCUAGAUUUUAAUGAAAUUUCAACUCCAAUCAAAAUUGCUUAUGCAGUCACAAUUCAAAUCGAUAUUGAUAAAAAGGUAUUAGUGCCUUAUAUUUAGGGUGGAACUUUGCACACAAAUAUAGGUUAACCAGAAAUUUAUGUCGAAGGCAAUCAAGCUUGGUUUAGGCUAGGAAUCACUAAAAACUUAACUUCAUAUACAGUAUACCACAAUCUUAAGGCUGUCAUUUAAAAAAACUAACAAGUAUUCAGUGAUAUCUAGAGGGUAAUCAUUAAAGAAUAUUAGACUUCUGAAAAUAAUACCUUAAAUUAGAAUUCAUUCGGUAAAUUUAAAAGUGGAAAAGCUAGCAUUUUAUUAUAAAAUGUAGCUACUGGUUACUCAUCAAAUUGGGUAUUUUCCUAAGAUGAAACUCCGGAUUUUUUAACCUGGAAUUAUUUAGCAGUCUCAUUUAUUGGUGAAACAGAUACUCAUGCCUACAGCUUUUUACUAAAUGCUAUCUUUAUAGAGUAGAGUUGGAUUGAAUCUACAAAGAUACCUACUUUUACCAAAGACGUUCUAUACAUAGGAAUUCUUGAUCCAUUAGAAUCUGUAGUUAAUAUAUCUUUCUAUAUGAGAGAAUUAAGAGUAUGGAACCCAGCAAGAUCCCAGAAUGAUUUACUCUAAUUUAGAAGAAAAAUAAUUCAUGAUUAAUAUCCAGCAGGAUUGCUCACUUACUGGUCUUUCUUUAUAGAUGAUUCAUAUACAACUAAUAUAAUGGAUCAGUCUUAUAAUAACUACGGUUUAGGACCUUUCAUAAAUUCGAAUAAAAUUUGGGAUGAUACCUCCUAACUGAUAUUGUGCUGCAAUGGAACGUAUUAUGAUAUCUCCUCACAAUCAUGUUAAUAUGAAGCUGAUGAAAAAGAAUACAUUUUAAAGUUGAUUGAUGAUUCAACUCUAGGUUAGAGAAGUAUCGUAGUUUAAAGUAAUAAGUAUUUUAUUGUGGAGUUUUGGCUAAUGACUUUAACAGACAGUGCUCAAAACAGAAUUAUAAAAAUCAAAGAUGGAUCUUCAUUAGAUUAAAACUAUCUAAAAGCUAGUUUUUAUUUCAAUUAACAAUUUGUCACAGAUAUUGCUGGUGAUGCUUCUUCUAAUGAAUAAAUAGUUUAUCUUUGUCAGGAAGGAUUAUUCCAAGGAUAUUUGAAAGAGUUAAGAUACUACUCUGAUUUUGGUGAUGAAGUUAGAAGUGUGUUGUACAUGGUUUUAAGGAAUUUUAGAAGUGAGUUGCCUAACCCAACUGCAUAUCCUUAUCUAAUUGGGUACUAUAAAUUUACAGUCCCAGAACAAUUUGUUGAUAAGAAUUCUCCAAAUUUUUUACAGAAUAAGUAUAAGGGUAAUAUGAAAUUGUUGAGGAUCACAUUAAACUACUAAUGUGUAAAAAUGGGCAUAUUUGGGAUGGCAUAACCUGUAGAUAUAAAGUAAAAAGCUGAUGGAACUGUUAAUAUCAUCUCAUCUGGGGCAUUAGAUACUCUUAUGAAUAUUAAAAUGACGAGAAUGCCCGCUGGAACUACUAAAUAUCAAUGGAUUUUAGAAUUUAAUCUGUGCUACAAUGAGCUAAUCGCUCCAUCCUCUCAACUAACAAAUAAUGAUUUUUCAAAUAAUGAUUAGGGCUGGAUUCACUUUACUCUAUCCUCCAUAGAUUUAUAACCAUAGACAUUAUUAAUCAACACAAUAGGUGAUCUUAUUUAGAAAAAGAAUACUUAUUAAGCUCACGCUAGUUGCUAAGAAUCAGUGCCUUCCAAAAAGAUAGAGUUAAAAGCAUCAAAUGAAGAUUCUAUUAGUUUGAAAGAUUUUGCAUUUGUUCUUGAUGCUUUUUCUUACAACUAGCUCUCAGUUGUGGCUUUACUAGAUUCUGAUAAUUUAUAUGGAUGGAUUUAAGAAGACUAAAGUAGAGAAUAAGACUAACUCAAAUAUUUAGGUAGUGGCACAUAAGGCAAAAGAUAUUUUGAAUGGGUCUUUGACCCAAUGAGUCCAUAAACAUGCAACAAUACUGACCAAUAUAUACCACAUGCAUUUUCAUGUGGCCAAAAUUAUUAUAGGUAUAAGAAAGAGAACCAAUGUAUUUGGAUUAAGUUAGUUAAGUACGAACUAGAAUUUCCUGCUAAUAUGACCUACAUUCAAUUGGGCCAAUCUGAGGAUACUCAUAUAGGUAUCAGAGGGAUUAAUACCUUGGAAAUGAUUAAUAAUACUGGAGGAGUUAGUGGCAAGAAAAAUAGCUAUUUAUUAGCAGCAAAUUUGAAAGCCUAAAUAAGAGACAAACCAUUUAAUAUAGAAGUUGAAACAGAGAUGUCAGUGACAUACUAAGAUAGAUGUUAUAAUUACUAUUGCUACAUGUUUUUAACUGUUGGCAAAAAUUUAACUACUGGGGAGAGUUAAUUAUCACUUUUUACUAACUCUAUCCUAAUUGACAUGGCAAACUUCUCAUACGAUUCUAUGAUUAUAGACGAUAAAAUACUUAUUGGUUGCAGUGAGAAAAACUUAGCAGCUAAUGAAUCUAAAUGGGAAGGAUUUAUUCAACAAGUUAGAGUAUUCUUUAGCAGUACUGCAUUAGAUAAAGAAAUGCUUAAUGCAUUUAGAUUUAAGUCCAACUAAAUGGACUGGCUUCUUUUAUGA